CAUUCACACUUGAAAAACACCUUCAUACAGACAUCACUUCCAAUUCCUGACACCAUGAGCUACUACGGCAACUACUACGGAGGCCUGGGCUACGGCUAUGGUGGCUUCGGCUAUGAUGGCUUUGGCGGCCUGGGCUGUGGCUAUGGCUGCGGAUGGGGUAACUGUGGCACUCUGGGCUCUGGCUCAGGUUAUGGAGGCUUUGGAUAUCGCUCAGGCUACGGAAACUAUGGCUAUGGCUACAGUCGUCCCUCUUGCUAUGGAGGAUGGGGAUUCUCUGGUUUCUACUGAAGCAGAAGCAAAUUAAUGCUUUAGAAGAUAGAAUCCUAAUAUUACGCCAUUGUUAGUUGUUUCCGAGUCUUUCUCUCUGUAUCAAGGCCUACUUGAUGUUCUGAUCAUCUGCUGACCUACAUAAUGAAAAAGACUGGCCUCAAUGAAACCCUGAAAUUGAUCAACUGCCAUACUUUAUUCUAUGUAGGGAUCAGGACUUCUAUAGAUUGAGUCAAAAUUGUCCACAUAAAUGUGGUAAAUGUGGUCAAUUUUCAAUAAAACCCUUUUCUCGCAAUGACAA